AUGACUCAAGAAGGAUCCCCUCCACUUCCGGAGGGCAUUUCCUCUCUGCUUGAUACCGAUUUGUACAAGCUGACUAUGCAAUGUGCUGUCCUCAAAUACUUUCCUGAUGUCCAUGUGACUUAUGGCUUCACGAAUCGUACCCCGCAUAUGAAAUUAACGCGUGGGGCCUACAAAUGGCUCCUGAAGCAAAUGGACAGACUUGCGAACAUUCGAAUCACGGAAGAGGAGAUAAAAUUCCUAAAGGCCCGGUGUUCGUACUUUAACGAUGCGUACCUGGAGUUCCUGACCACGUUUAAACUGAAGCCGUCGGAGCAGAUUGAUAUUAAGUUUACACCUGUGAAGGAUACCAGCAGUGACAACGACUUGGGCGACGUCGAAUAUCUGGUCAAGGGUCUUUGGGUUGACACGAUUCUGUACGAGAUCCCACUGUUGGCAUUGACGAGCGAGGCAUAUUUUAUGUUCACCGAUAAGGAUUGGGAUUACAGUUGCCAGGAGGAAAAAGCAUACCGAAAGGGAUGCGCACUGCUUGAGAAUGGUUGUAUUUUCUCUGAGUUCGGGUCGAGACGACGCCGUGAUUACCAUACUCAAGACCUGGUCAUGACUGGACUGAUGAAGGCCGUAGAGGAGGGAAAGCGGCAAGGGUGGAAGGGCAAGUUUACAGGUACAAGUAAUGUUCAUUUUGCGAUGAAAUACGGUGUCGACCCUGUUGGCACGGUUGCGCACGAAUGGUACAUGACCAUUGCUGCCAUCACAGAUGAUUACGAAAAUGCCAACGAAGCAGCCUUACGGUACUGGCUUGGCUGCUUCGGUAAAGGAGUCCUGGGCAUUGCAUUGACGGACACAUUCGGCACGCCCGCUUUCCUCGAUGCAUUCCGCAAGAUGAUUCCUGCAUUUACCACUGCAGGAGUUGGCGCAGUUAGCACAUUGGCAUCUGGACCUUCCACAACGAACGAGUCGAAUAUCCAAAGUGAGGCUGAGACAAAGGCCCCAAUCGUUGCGCCACUUAAUAACGACGGCGCUCAAUCCUCUAAUGAGACAUACGCUCAUGUCUACACCGGUGUCCGGCAGGACUCAGGAGACCCUGUAUACUUCGUGAAAAUGGUGCGGGACUUCUAUGACAAGGAAGGCGUCACGGAUAAGAAGACCAUGGUAUUUUCCGAUUCUCUCGACAUCGAGCAUUGUCUUGAGUAUAAGAUCAUUGCGGAGGAAGCUGGAUUCCAGCCCGUUUUCGGUGUUGGGACCUUCUUCACUAAUGACUUCACAAAUUUAUCCAACGGAGAAAAGUCAAAGCCACUCAACAUCGUGAUCAAGAUCGCGACAGCAAACGGCCGGCCGGCUGUUAAGCUUAGUGAUAACAUGGGUAAAAACACCGGAGACCAGCAAAAAGUCCAGGAAGUGAAGCAGAAGCUUGGAUAUAUCGAGCACGAGUGGGAAGAAGGCGAUGAGUGCAAUCGCUGGACUAAACGCUAG